AUGCUCUCAUGGCAUUUCUUAACGUGCGUGAUUGGAAUCCUGCUUUGCAACGGUGGCGGCGGUGGUCGACUUCUAACAAUAGCUAAUGCAAACGUCAUUCACAACGUACUGGGACUACCGACGACCUGUAUCCAUCAGAACGUGGUCCGCCAGUGUCGGUUAUCGUUUUCCUGCUGGCUUGAAGGUGGUCGUCAUGUGGCCGGUUGCGGUGAAAACCGUUGGCUCCUGUCGUGCUGCGUCAAGGACAACGAUCUUCAAAGUGCACCGACGAUGAUCAACCCCAAGCUGGCGUACGCAGCUCCGAUGCGUCCUGCGACGGCACUGAUUCCGAUGGGCCCGAUACCGAUGAUUCCCGUCAAACCACGACUCCCAGUAGUGGCGACCUCCAAGAAGAGUAGUUUCUUUCGCAGACGGUCCGAUCAAAUGGGCUUUAUGACUGAAUGCGGAAUAGCCCGCACUCCACACAACACGCUUCAGAAACGGAUUAUUGGUGGGCGAACGGCCAACUUCGCUGAGUAUCCCUGGCAAGCGCACAUUCGAAUAGCAGAGUAUCAAUGUGGUGGAGUGCUGGUUUCACGGAUGUUCGUCGCGACUGCUGCCCACUGCAUUCAGCAAGCGCGGUUAAAAGACAUCACAAUCUACCUAGGCGAGCUGGACACGCAGAACUCUGGAAAAAUAGCCGAACCGCUACCGGCAGAGAAGCAUCGGGCGGAAGUUAAAAUUGUUCAUCCUAAAUUUCUUUUCCGCAUGACCCAACCGGAUCGGUACGAUCUGGCUUUGCUUAAGUUGACCAGACCAGCUGGCUACAAGACCCACAUUCUACCGAUUUGCUUGCCAACGAAACCGUUGGAACUGAUUGGGAGAAAAGGUUUUAUAGCCGGUUGGGGCAAGACCGACGCCAAUAUGGGCCAAACCGGGACGAAUAUUCUUCGCACGGCAGCGGUUCCGAUCAUAAGUACAAAGGAUUGUCUUCGGUGGCACAAAAGUAAGCACAUCAGUGUUGAGUUGUAUAAUGAAAUGUUUUGCGCCGGGCACUCGGAUGGUCAUCAGGAUGCCUGUCUGGGUGAUUCCGGUGGUCCACUGAUCAUCAAUGACCGGGGACGAUUUACACUGAUCGGCAUCACCAGUGCGGGAUUCGGUUGCGGAAUAGAUCAUCAACCGGGAAUCUACCAUAAUAUUCAGAAAACGGUCAAAUGGAUUCAAAACGUGAUUAUGACUGAGAGUUGA